GGCGGCGCGUACUUCAGUAUCGUCGCGACCAUGGCUACGGACGGACGUACGAAGCGCUCGCAGUCGAUAUGCGCUCCCGCCUCCGCGAGUAUGGAAGCCCUCGCGGCGCCCAUGGAGACCACGCCGGCGCCCCGGCGCAGGCCGGCGGCGCGCUCGCAGUCCGCUCGCAUCACCGGCGGCCGCUCCGUGCGCCACCGGCGGCAGCAGCAGCAGCAGCAACUGGACCGGGAGACCAGGACGCGCUACAGCUCGGAACCUCGGCUGGCUGAGGCGGAGACGCCGCCGCAGGUCCGCCGGCAGGCCUCCGCCCGGCGUCGCCCGCCGCCCGGCCAGCACAACCAGCCCCGGCGCUCCAACGCCUUCCUGGACGUGCCGCGGGCCCCGCAGCACCAGCCCGAGGAGGAGCCCGACGAGGACUCGUACCGGCUCCGCACGUUCAACAUCACGCAGAAAGGAGGAAUAGUAAACCGUGGAGACUCCUUCCGUCGCCGAAGAUCUCGGUCCGGCAGCCUCGCGCCAUCGUCGCCCGCGCAAUCGGCGCCCGAAUCUCAAGAGAGGAGGCCUGUGGCGUGUCACCGGGUCGCCAUGGUGGGCGCUCCGGGCGUCGGGAAGACUGCCCUGAUCAGCCAGUUUCAGACCAGCGAGUGUAUUAAUGCUUAUGAUCGACAGAGAGACGCGGAUGGUUCAGAACAGAAAGUAUCAAUAAUGCUGAACGGAGAAGAAUCAGAAUUAUACUUCGUUAACUGUACUACGACAAAGGAGGAGAUAGAACGCUCGGAGCCCCCUGAUGCCUUCGUGGUGAUCUACUCCGUGGUGGACAAGGCCUCGUUCCAGAAGGCUGAACAGGAACUGGCCAGGCUACUGGACUGUGACAUGCUGAGGGCACGGCCGGCUAUCUUGGUGGCCAACAAAAUCGACCUGGCUAGGAGUCGAGCUGUUUCUACACAAGACGGCAAAUGCCUAGCCUGCACCUACAAAGCGAAAUUCAUAGAAGUCUCAGUCGGGAUAAACCACAACGUAGACGAACUUCUAGUUGGCAUUCUCAACCAGAUCCGGCUAAAACGACAGCAGUACACCGCCGAAGGAGGGGAAUCCUCACCAGCCCACUGGUACAAAUCCCGAGGAGUUGUCCGAGCAAGUAUGAAGGCCAGACAAAUGUUCACCUGGAUCUUCGGGAAAGAAGACUCUAAGUUCAAAAACUGUGAGAAUCUCCACGUCCUGUGAGUGGAGAGUGACGGACCGGUGUUCGUCUAAAGUGGGACUUCUGUUCAAGUGUAAGCUAGUUUGUAUUGUUUGUUUAUAUUUAAAUGUUAAAAUGAUGCGGCUGGUUGUGGCAGCUAGAUUCUGUGUCGUGUAUUUUUUAGAAUAUUUUGUUUGUAAUACUUUUGGUGUUGUAACAUGUGUAUCCGGCUUAAAAGUUAUUAAAGUAUGCAGAGACAAAAAAUGUUCCCUGAAAAAUUAAUUACUGUUCAGACAUUUCAAUUUCCUGUACAAGUUGGGAGUCGAUGUAAAUAAAGUGCUUUUUAAUAUUAAUUCUCAUAUAAGUUCCGAUCAGAUGACGUAACCAGCCGUGUUGCCAACCAAAAAAAUAAAAUGCCAAAAUAUAAAAUUGGUAUUACUAGUCGUUAUGUGCCAAUUUUGAGAGAAUUUAAUAAAUCUAGAUAAGUUUAUAUUUAAAUAUUUAAGUAAGGUACAAGUGAGACGUGCAGUAUUUUCCCGAAUACUUUUAAUAUAUCAUUAAAAUGACGUAUCAGCAAUAUAUAACUAUAAGUGAUAUAUUAUAUCAUGUAGAUAUAUAUAAUUAUAUAUUGUAUAAUAAAUGCUAAUGUUAUUGGACCAUGCGUACUUACAUAAUUAUUAAUAACUCAUAACAAUAUUGUCGUAAUUUUAUAGAAUAUAUAGUACCUAUAUAAUAAUACACCAAUAUACCUAUUUGUGUAGUUAAUCAGUAUGUGUUACUAUAUUAUGGAACUAUGGCAUACUUAGUUAUAAUUUUGUCUGUGUGUACCCACAUUUCAUGAAUUCCUAAUGUAAUUGGAAUGGUAACAAAAAUAUUUUUGAGUAUCAAAAACGGUGUUGCAAUUUCACAUAAUGUUUGGUAAUUUCACGAAAUUACCAUUAUGAAAAGUUCUAAGUCACCUCAGGGGUGAGUAAAAUCACAAUUUUCCCCUAAAUACACAAAGAAUUAUAAUAAAACUGACAAUUAUAUUUACAUUAGGAUUUCAACACUUUUUCACAAGAAGUAUAACAUUAACUUGCGUUCUGGUAUUUGUACAAUUUUAUGUUCAAAUUCGAAUGAUCCAGGGUCCAUGUUAUUCCUUCCAUUCAUGCCAAAAACCAACUCAUUUAUCGUAGCAAAAUUAUCAAAAUAACUUCUAUCGACCUUUGAUUAAGGUAGAAAUUCAAUUAAACAUUACAACUAUUUGGUUAAAGUUUUUAAAAAACUGUUCAUCAUUGGCACUAAAUGCCAUUCACUAUGCAUUUAUUAAACAAAUAGGUAAUUAUUCACUUUGUCCGUAUUCCAAUGCGGUUAAAGUUGUAAAAUUGAAAAAAUAGCCCAAAGGCAGCUAUCUGAAAGUUCAUUAAAAAAUUGUUUCAGUAAUUUUUCAAACUUUUUGUUUAUAUAAAUGUAAUAUUUAGAUAUUAUAUAAAUGUAUAUAAUCAAUGCGAAUGCACUUAAGGAUUUGAUGUUGUAUUUAAUAUUAUAAAUAACUUUAGUGAAACAUUUAUACAUGUUCAUGUACUAUAGUUAUCCUUAUACUCAUAUUAACUGUUUGUAAUCUAUAUUAAUUUUAUGAGGUGAUUGUAAAUUUUACUCAAUCACAGUAAUUUUCAGAAAAAAAAAUGUCCUGUCAGAAUUUCGUCAUUCUUUAUAAUCACCUCAUUAAAAUUAUCAACAUUGUCCACAGUAGUAGAAAACGCCCAAUUUACUAUAGUUAAAAAUGAUAACUAAAAUCCUAAAACGCCAUGACUGAACACCAAAACCAUUUUAUUACUCCUAUUUAAUAUCUUACGUCUUUUGGAUUACGAUUCAAAACAGUGCCUUUUUAUUGUUAAAAAAAACGUAUUAUAAUACCUUAUGUGCUAUUUUUACUGAUAAUUUGUGAAAAAAAAUAUAUAAAAUUACUUACCCUAGUAGUUGUUAUACUUUCCUAUUGUCAGAUUGUAUUAAAAUACACUGAUUCGUAUAAAAUGUUGCUUAAUACGUCAUAGACAUAGCUGGUAUUAACUGGCUAUUUUCAGAAAUAACCAGUUACUAUCAACAAUGUAUGUAUGAUUAACUUUGCCCUUUACGUGGCUGGUUAAAAAAUAAAAAUAGUGGUGUUAAUUUUGUAAAUACAUGUUACUAGUAUUAUUAUGUGCAUUUUGCAAAAUGUAUGAGCUUUCAAUUGUAUUUAGUGGGCCUAGACAGACGUUGUUUAUUUGGUAUAUUAUUUGAGACAUAAUUGAAAAAAAAGAGCUAAAUUAAUAAAUGAAGACUAAAUAAAAAUAUGUAGCAAUUAAUUUACGUUUGAAACAUACCUAUAAUUACAUGUCUAUAUAACUUGUAACGUAUUUUUUCCCCUAUCUACUUUGUCCGGGUAAUCUACGAAAUAAACCAGCGGUAAUGUGUGUAGGCCUUUAAGAAUUAUCAUUAUUGUAACAUACGUAGCUAGUGUUUAUUGUAAAUAAACUGAUUGACAAUAAAUUUGAUUACUUUAA